GUAAGACCUUUAAGCCUAAGAAGCACAUCCCUGAGGGCACGCACCAGUAUGACCUGAUGAAACACGCGGAGGCGACACUCGGCAGCGGGAACCUCAGACUGGCUGUGGUACUGCCGGAGGGAGAGGACCUCAACGAAUGGGUCGCUGUAAACACGGUUGAUUUCUUCAACCAGAUCAACAUGCUGUACGGCACCAUCACAGAGUACUGUACAGAGGAGAGGUGUCCAGUCAUGUCAGCAGGGCCCAAGUACGAGUACCACUGGGCGGAUGGUACGACCAUCAAGAAACCGAUCAAGUGCUCAGCACCCAAGUACAUCGACUACCUCAUGACUUGGGUACAGGACCAGCUAGAUGAUGAAACAUUGUUUCCCUCCAAAAUCGGUGUGCCUUUCCCAAAGAACUUCGCCUCCAUAGCCAAGACCAUCCUGAAGCGGCUUUUCCGCGUCUACGCGCACAUCUACCACCAACACUUCCAGGAGGUAGUGCAGCUGGGGGAGGAGGCUCACCUCAACACGUCCUUCAAACACUUUGUGUUCUUUGUGCAAGAAUUCAACCUGAUAGAGAGGAGAGAACUGGCUCCUCUACAGGAACUUAUAGAGAAACUGACUCAGAGGGACAGGGAAAAGUACCCGGAGAAAAAACGAUGAAAUAUUAUUAUUAGGGGAGGGAAGUAGCCUCUACCAGGCACCACGGAUCGCUGGAAAAAUAGUAGAAAUUGGCCGAAAUAAAGGGAUAGUAUACCCGAGAAGAUCCCAGGCCAUAGAAGGUCCAAUUGUUCUUGAAGAAUGGUUGCCAUAGAUGAUACCUGGGUCGCAAAUUGGAUCUUCUGUGGCCUGGGAUCUUCUCUGGUAUACUAUCCCUCUAUUUCGGCUAAUUUCUACCAUUUUUCCAGCGAUCUGCGGUGCCUGGUAGAGGCUAGGAGGGAAGGGACUCGGAGCCAGUCUGUAUAUACCCAUAGGUUCUUACACAAACACAACGUUACCUGUGUUGGAAGGAAGUUUAGUUGUUCGCAAAAGAAUCUGAUACUGUAAAUUUUUUCAUGUUCGCGGUAGCAAAAUUUCGCGGCCUGAGAAAAAUGGACAUGUUCAGGGAACUACAUCUUUGAGGUGGUGGCAGGUGCAGAAGAAAGAAAGUCGGUGAAUUAUUUGUUGUUGGUAAUGACAAAUUCACGGUCACUACCACAAAUAUGAAAGUAUCGCAAAUAUCAAGUGAUUUGCAGUAUUAUUACACUUUACAGUCAGAACUGCCCAAGGCAAGAGGACCACCCAGGGGACUGUUGAAAUCUUGUGUCAAUAGGGAAACUAUGUGGUUACAUUGGCAAGAGGGUCAUUAUAUAGAGGGUGGUCACUUGUGCAGGUUUGACUGUAUUUUGAGUCUGAUGUGGGGACAAUUUUUGGAUAUUGUAGCCCCAAAAGUGACACCUUCAGUUGCAAUACUAUACAGAAUACUACGUCACCAGCAUUCUUUAUUGAAAAGUUCGUUGUUCGUUCAUUUGCAAGUUUGUUGUGAUUUCCUAAAAAAACACAGAUCUGCCAAUUUAAAGGCUCAGGGAUGGUCAUGGUUUCUUUUUUUGUAAAAAAAAAUUGUUAUGAUGGUUUUGUCUUGUUUUGAGAGCCAAAAAAAUUUAACCGAAAUGAGAAACAUGGUGUAUACAUAUUGGCUUCAAGGUAGGUUAGAUCGUAUUAACCAGAAAUAUGGUUAGUUGUAUAUUAAAGUCAUAACAAUAUUAAUAAUAAUAAAUAAGGCUACCUAGAGAUGUACAAUGGAAUAUAUUUUCAGAGGAAGAGAGGGAAUAGCAGUGGCCAUACGGAUAGUUGAUAAAAAUUACCCCCAUGAAUUUGGAGGUAUGCCUUAGGUAGAGAAACCUGGGAUAUGAAAGUAACUUAAAUCUCAGGAAUUGGUCUUAGAUUCCAUAGAUAGAGGGAAGAAGGAACAUUUUUGAAGGAGAAGGUUUAGCAAAUUCUAUAGUUCAGGUCACAGCAGCACAGUAGAGGGUUAGCUGUUAUGGACUACAAGAUUGUGUUUCAAAGAAACGGUAGAAGUCAGUCUCACAGAGCACAUUAUGGAGAUACAUCAAGAACUCACCAAACUGUCUUACAAUAUACCUUUAUGAAGGUUAAACAUCCGGGAAUGAAUUUUUCAGUUCUAUACCACUGGAAAGAAAUUUUGGCUAGUUCACAGGAAUUUCAGUUGCCUGAAUGGCAUCUGAAAUGUUAAUUCAAUGUAAAAUUUCAGUUGUAUAUAUUGAAUAAAGGAGAAAAAAAUCAUUAGAAACAUACAAUGAAUGACUUGAUUCCUUCAUUGAUAAAAAAAUGUAGUCUCUCAUUCAUUAUAGUGAUUCUGACACACAAAUGAUACCACAAGAAUUACAAUGUAGGAGACAAAAAUAUAAUCACCAUUCACAGAUAGAAAGUCUGAUCAAGUUGUGAGGCAUGAUUUUAAUUUGCACUUUUCCCGGUGAUAAGUGUUAUGUAUCAGUGAUUUUGUUUGUUUACUAUUGCAUGCGAUGGUAAUAUUAAAUAAUUAGAUGCAGAAUUCUCCCUUGUGGUCCACUGCAAAGAAGUUUAGACUUAACUUCUAGAGAUUUUAAGUUACUAAAUUUCAUACCCUAGUUACUGGUAACUAGGUACAUACAGUUGGAAUUUCCCAUAAUGCAUCUCACAUUAGGUCGGCAGGGUCAAAAGUCAAAGUGCAAAGGUUACAGUUCAUGCGAUUAAGAAACGUUUCCCCUGUUUCGUGUUCUUCAGUUAUUUUUUUUCUCGAUGAUAUGAUGAUGAUACCAUAAGGUUUUUAUUUUGGUGUAGGCUGUGUUACCUAGUGUGGUUACCAAACCUAUUUUAGCUCCUGAGUCCUACAUCCUCUCUAAAAUAGGGUUAGUAACCAGGCUAGCGUUAGCUUGAAAAUCUGUCAAAACUCUGUUUAAUAUACUUUGAAAAAUAUAUAUUCUGGGUACAGGAAUGUGAUGUAAGAAUGUAUUCUCUAAUAUUAUUACAGUUUCUCGCCACCUAUUCCUCCACAGCCUCUUAUUGUACAUAGCAAGGCAGAGAAUCUAUUUUUAGGUUGGAAAAAUUUCAGCUACAAGCACACCACUAGUUACUGUGUUGCUGCUGCCUACAUGUUUAAGUUUCUUCACUGCCAGAUGUGCUACAGUUUAAUAUCAUAAUUAUAGUCUCCAUCAGACUCCUUUGCAGGCUGAACAAAUAGAAGAAAUCAGCCUAAAAAGGAUGUACAAAAUGUAGCU